AUGAGAAUUCUUCCCGGACUCUGGGCUUCAAGCUCUCUGUUUUCGCACGUGCUGGCGUUGACCAUCGGCGAAGUUAAUGGCAAACAUUACCUCUCACCAUACCAAGACAAAAAUGUCUCCGAUAUCAAAGGACUAGUCACCGCCAAAGGCAGCAGUGGCUUCUACCUACGCUCAAUGAGGCCCAACGCCGACAGUCCGGCUUCAGACUCCAUCUACGUCUAUGGGAAGUCGGCUGUGUCUCAGGUCUCCGUCGGGGACAUAAUCUCCCUAGACGGGAAAGUGUCCGAAUAUCGCUCAUCACAGUCCUAUGUCUACCUGACGGAGAUCAUCAGUCCAACAAACAUCGAGGUAGCGUCGCACGAUAACGAAGUCACCCCACUGGUGAUCGGACAGAAUGGGUUGGCACCGCCAACGGAGGAAUUCUCAGGUCUAGAUCACAAGAACGUGUUCGGGGUCCCGAACAAUGUCAGCCAGAUUUCCCACGAGAAUCCGACAGUGAAGCCAUCCAGAUAUGGAAUGGAUUUUUGGGAGAGUCUCAGUGGGGAGUUAGUUCAGCUGAAGGGAGUCCACGCCCUUACCAAGCCGAAUCAAUAUGGUGAUACCUGGGUACUGGGGGAUUGGGAUUCCACGGGAGGGAAUGAGCGAGGCGGGUUGACGAUGACCCCAAACGACGCAAACCCCGAGGCGAUUAUCAUCGGUUCACCAUUGGACGGAAGCAGUAAUCCCACAAACACCAAAAUAGGAGACACAAUUGACGACAUCACGGGAGUCAUAACCCAGGCUUAUGGGUACUACAGGCUGCUUCCGUUGACGGCCUUGACGGUAACUGGGUCGAACGAGACUGCAGCCAUGCCCACCACUCUAACCUCAAACGGGAGCUGUAGUGCAAUGGCGUUUGGCAGCUAUAACGUGGAAAAUCUGACUCCUAACUCAACGCACCUAUCGAAAAUCGCAGGACAUAUCGUGGAGUAUCUGAAGUGCCCGACUGUUAUGUUCCUCCAAGAGAUUCAGGAUAACAACGGGGCCACCAAUGACGGAGUCGUGUCGGCGAAUCGGACAUUGUCCACCCUUAUCCGUGAGAUCCAAAAGCAAGGGGGUAUCAAGUACGACUUUGUGAACAUUGACCCAGUGGACGGACGAGACGGCGGAGAGCCUGGGGGCAACAUCCGGGUAGCAUAUCUGUAUGAUCCGUCGGUAGUCCGACUGCGCAAUGCCAACCCGGGGUCCAGCACCGACGCUAACGAGGUAUUGUCCGGAGCGGAGCUCAAAUACAACCCCGGGUUGAUCGACCCGAGCAACAGUGCGUGGGCGGAUAGUCGCAAGCCGUUGGCCGCUGCGUGGGAGACCCUGGAAGGACAGGCCCGGUUUUUCACUGUCAAUGUGCACUUCACCAGCAAAGGCGGUGGGUCAUCUAUUGAAGGCGACGCUCGGCCCCCGGUCAAUGGUGGAAUCGACCAACGCAGCGCCCAAGCCAAAGUAGUCGGCAAUUUCAUCUCGGAAAUCUUAUCGGAGGACUCGAGUGCGAAGAUUAUUACGGCGGGGGAUUUCAACGAGUUUGCAUUUGCGCGUCCAUUGGAGGUGUUCUCGGCUGUGUCAGGGUUACAGGACCUGGACGAUGUGGCGGGCGUCUCGAAAACGGAAAGAUACACGUAUCUAUAUGACGCGAACUGUCAACAGCUUGACCAUAUGUAUGUGAGUGAUGCGUUGACGACGGAGGCGCAGAUCGAGCACAUUCACGUCAACACCUGGGUCGCGUAUGAGGAACAGGCCUCCGACCAUGACCCGACCGUGGCAUUAUUGAACGUCUGUGCCUGA